AUGAGUGUCUGGAACCCACUCAGACUCCUCGGCCUGGCGGGAAUGAGCCUGCUGAGGGAUGAGACCUCGGUCAUCUCCAUUUUGGAGUAUCUGCCCACCGAGCUCUUCCCACCACUGUUCAUUUUGGCCUUCUAUGGGAGACACAGUGAGGCCCUGAAGGCCAUGGUGCAAGCCUGGCCCUUUGUCCGCCUGCCUCUGGGGGGUCUGAUGCAGACGCCUCACCGGGGGACCUUACGAGCAGUGUUGGAUGGUGUUGAUGUCCUAGUUGCCCAGCAGGGUCACCCCAGGAGGUGCAAACUGCGGGUGCUGGAUUUAAGGCAUACUGGACAAGACUUCUGGAGAAAGUGGUGUGGAGAUGGGGCCCAUGGGUACUCAAGCACUCUGAUGGCACCAGUGGCUGAGGACAGGUCAAGGGCAGAGCAGUCCUUGGCUCCCGUGGUGGUGUUCAUAGAACUUCACCUCAAAGAAAGGACCAUGGAUAGAUUCCUCACCUACCUCAUCAGGUGGGUGGAGGAGAGGAAAGCUUCCGUACACCUGUGCUGUAAGAAAUUGAAGAUACUUUCAAUGCCCAUGGAAAAUAUUAUGAAGGUCCUGAGUAGGGUGCAACUGGACUGUAUCCAGGAGGUGCAAGUGAACUGCACCUGGCAUCUGUCCACCCUGGCCACGUUUGCUCCUCUCCUGGGCCAGAUGAAUAAAGUGCAGAGAUUCCUUCUCUCCCACAUCCACGUCUCUGCACUUGAGGAGCAGGAACAGCAGCACGUUGUCCAAAUUACCUCUCAGUUCCUCAGGCUGCACCACCUCCGGGAUCUCUGCAUGGAAUCUCCCUCCUUCCUUGAAGGCUGUCUGGAUGAGAUGCUCAGGUGA